AUGCGUGUCCUUCUCGACGUGGAAAAAGCCUACGACUCCGUGUGGCAAGACGCUGUUGUGUACAAGCUCUUCCGCUCGAAUCUCCAACUCUACCUGGUCAAGAUUGUGCAAUCGUUCCUUUCUAAUCGUACUUUCACGGUUGCCGUGAAUGGUGAAAACUCCAGCACCCACAACAUCCCCUUUGGCGUGCCUCAAGGAUCAGUCCUGAGUCCGAUUCUCUACAACGUCCUCACUUCUGACGUACUGAUGGUAGACGGUGUAUCAUACGCAUUCUUUGCGGAUGACACGGCUUUCCUAGCGUCGGACAAAGAUCCGGAAAUAGUCGUUACUCACCUCCAAGCGGCGAUGAACAAUCUCCAGGAGUUCCAACGGAAGUGGCGAAUCAAAUUGAACGCAGGAAAAACGCAGUCGAUUUUCUUCACGAAGAGGCGUGCUGCUCGACACCUUCCCCGCAGGUCGAUUACGGUCAAUGGUCAGCCAACUACAUGGGACGAUGAAGUCACAUAUCUUGGAGUGCUGUUCGACAAGAAGCUGAAGUUCGACAAACAUGUGAACUACGUCGCCGGAAAGGUUGAUCGGUCUACCAAAGCGCUGUACUCCCUGCUGAAUCGACGGUCGAAGCUGCACAUUAAGAACAAGCUGCUGGUGGUCAAGUGCGUCAUCCGACCAAUGAUCACCUAUGCAUCGGCGGUUUGGGGAAACUGUGCUAAAUCUCACCGCAAAAGGCUGCAGGUGAAACAGAACAAGCUGCUCAAGAUGGUUCACAACUUAAACCCUCGGUAUCCGACCGAUGAUCUCCACAAGCUGGCCGGAGUCGACACCGUCGAUGAGAACCUUCUCGUAGAUAGGAGUAUCAAUGCAACCAGCAGGACGCAACAUGACACCAAAGAAGCGGAAGAAGACCGAACCAACCUUACUGAUAAUGAUGACAGCGCACCCGUUACGCCGUUGGCCACUCACAAAAAGGACGAGCUUCAACUGCUGCUGGAGAAAUCCAAACAGCGCGAAGAACAGGAUGAAGAAUCGAUUGAUGCUCCUCCGCUGUUGAAAGCAACGCUGCCGAUCAUCGAAACCGUUCCGUCGUCGGGUCCCAUCAGUCCGGAGGUGAUAACGUCGAUGAGUGUUCCGGAGAACCUCGGCUCCAUUCCAUUGAAGAUCGUCGAGUCGGACAAACCCCUGUCGCGAUCCUUGGACAGUGCCGGAUCGGCUGACUUUGGGAGUUCGUUCCUGGGAGGCAGUCAACCGCCGGCGUUUCCCCAGGAGCGUUCCUUUAGUUCGGAGAGCCUCAACAGCGAAACCUCCGUGGAUUCCAACGAUUCCAAAAGUAGUUUGAAAAUCAUCGAAUCUAAGUUCGCUGCCCGGAAUGGCACAUUGGAGCGGCAGCAGUCGAACGCCGCCAACAGGGAAGCCCAACAGGCCGAGCAGUCAGCGAACACACCCUGCGGUCUACAAGUCCUCGUUCUGUGGAACAACGAAAUCACCCGGAACGCAGCCCAAACGUUUUCCGAUCUGAUCGAGAACACGUCCACGCUGGAGAUCCUGAACGUGGGCUGCAAUCUGCUGUGCAACGACUUUGUGGCCAGCAUCAAAAGCAGUCUCAAAGUGAACAGCAGUGUGACCAGCUUGGGGUUGCAGGGGGCGCACCUAUCCGACAACGGGGCCAAAGUGAUGGCCGAAGUGAUCGAGUUCGGUGGCAAUGCCACGCUGCAGCGAAUCGAUCUGCGGAACAACAACAUUCUGGCGACGGGACUGGAACACCUCAACGAAGCGAUGAAGUCCAACAAAACCGUCACCCGGAUCGAUUUGGACGAUGUGCCGCGGCGAGUUGUGGAAAACUCCAUCGACAUUGGUCCGGAGUACGCCCGCCUACUGAACAGCCUCCGGUCCCAGUGCGAGCGUAACAAGAACCCACAGGAACCAUCGGAACCGAUCAGCACGUCGAUCAAGCGCCUGCGAGGAUCGCACCUCAAUUCCCGGAAAAUCUCCCUCACCUGCUCGUCGAUCCGGGUCGCACCGAGUGGGACAACCGCCGGCGAGAAGCACCACCACCAUCUGCUGGACCCGAGCAAGAAAACCGGUGGGCGAUUACGUUCUCCAUUGCCAAGUCCGAUCCCAUCACCCAUUGCGUCGCCGGUGCCGAGUCCCUCGCGGAAUCGCUUCCAGGUGACACGUGUCGGCGAGUCUACCGGCAGUACCAGUAGUCUCACCAGUAUCAACGCCACGAGCAAUACAUCUACCUCACCGUCGCCCUCAUCGACGGGAAGCUCGCCGACACUGUUUUUCGCGGCAAAUUCGCGCUUUCGGGUAGUGACCGUCGAGGAACCGGCAUCAGCACCACCGUCUUCGUCGUCGUCUGUUCCUAACUACCCCCUGGGGAAACUGUCAUCCUCGUCCAUAUCGCCAUCACCGCUUGUUACCAGUGGGAUCAGUCGAAUGCCACCUUCUAGCAGUAGUUCAGCGCCUGCCCUGUCCUCAUUCGUCAGCUCACCGAAACUAACAUCGUCACCGAUUCUGCAGCAAUCGGUUGCUACUAAUACGAAUCUGUCACCGGUGCUAGUGACGUCACCACAGCCUUCUAUUGUGCAGUCACCACAGCCAUCACUACAGCAACAACAACAGCCUCUAUCGGCAACACCCGCUUCACUCCCACCGACACCAAAGUCCAAGCAUACACGAUUACCUUCCACUAGCAGUUCGACGUUGAACGAUUCGGUCAUUUCGUCCACGUCGAUCGAAAGUCCUGAUCUCGAAGUGAAACGGUUCAUGACCGGAGCUGGAACCGUUAACACUGGCCAUCAUACUCGAACGCACUCCUCCACGAUGGACGACAGCUGCUGUUCGUCUAUCAGCAGUAGUAUCGAUUCGAUCGACAACGUACACUUCAUCAACAACAAUAACAACAACAACACAUCCAUCAGCUCGACGGACGAAAGUUUCGAUCUGAUCGUUAGUUCACCUUCUUCCUCAUCGAUAUCGAUCGGAUCGGUGAGCACAGCCCCUCUAGUAAAGUCCACCGCCAGUCAACAGGCGGACAUUACACUUAUCCCACAACAGAAACAACAGCCAGAACAUCAACAACACCAGCAAAAGCAACAUUCACAGAAACCCGUGAACCCAACGAGCAACAAAGAGUCCCCCAACCUACUGGGAGUCAAUGUCAAUCUGUUGAAGGUGAAGAACAAUAGUUUGUCUAGUUUAGAAAUGAGCACCAGCUCGCAGGAGUCGCUCCUGUACGAUGUGCAAGAUCUGUCCUCGGUGUCGUCGAUAUCGUCGUUGUCGGGUGGUGGUGGUGGCGGCGGGUCAUCUUCGCUGGUCGGAGGUAUUGCUGCCGGGACCGCUCGGUUAACAACGGCGGCGGCCUGCAGUGGCAAUUCCAACGAAAACACUCUGACGUCGAUUCAGAGCUUAGACCGGGACGUUCGACCAGCUCCGGGUAAAUCAUCCGAGAAGCCCCCGCGGGUGCGGAAAACCUCGUGGAUAGCGUCCAUCGGUAACCACCCGAAGACGACUGACACCAGCUCAACGGGCUCGUCCGGUGGCAACAGUUCCGGCGGGGGCAGUGGAUACUCGCCUGCCAUCGAGAAGCUACUGGCCAUCUUCAACCCGGGUAAUCUGUUUUCCUCCAACAAAUCUAGUCCACCGAGUUCCGAGUGUGGAACCGCCUCAACCGGAGGAGGAAGUAGCUCAACAGCGGCGGCGGCGGCGAAGGAGAACACUUCCUCAUCGCAGCCACCAUCGCGCAAGGAAAGUCCUAUGGGAGGGUUGUUCGCGUGGACCACCAAAUCUUCCAAGGACGAGGAAAAGGUCCUGAAGGUGAACGUUUCGCCGGAGAAUACCAUCACUCCGCAGCAACAGCAGCACCAUCAGGUAGGCAUUUCACAACACUCCCCGCAGCUUCCGGCUUUCAGCGUGGAGAAUAUUUCCAGUCAGUUGAAGGCGGAAAUUAAGGAGAACAUCUCCCCCGAGAACACCAUUACGAAUAAGCUGUUGGUGAAUCCUCCGCCAUCGUCUCAAGUGCUGACCACUCCGGUGCAGGCCCCAGUCGCUACCGCGGCCGGGUCCCCUCAUCCGAAGGUCAUAUUCCACCUCGGGGGUGACUACGAGGAUUCCGAGGAUGACAUCGACACUCUCACUAGCAAAUUCGGUGGCGGAAGUGGCGGAACUACGGGCGUUAAUCCACUGUCCCAUCCACCGUUGUGCUCGUCCAUACUGGGAACGAGCGCCGGCAGUACCACCACCAACAGCAGCGGAAUCAGCAUCGGUAGCAGCACCAUGGCCGAGGGUUCGCCCAUUCCGGGCAGCGGUGUGGCCAUCCUGCAGACCAGCCAUCUCGGUCAGUUGGCCCGGGACUCGUUGACCACCAUGUUCAAGAACUCGUCGCUCACGUCGCAGGACUCGAUCCGGUCGAUGGAUUCCCUGGCGGAGAUGGCCGAAGUGCAGCACCAAACCAUGCAGGUACCAUCGCAGCAUCCAUUGCACCAGCACCAGCAGCAGCAUCAACAGCACCCACAACCCGAUGACACGCAAGCUCAGUAGCGGACUUGGGCGGAAUGUAAAAGUGUCGAAUGGUUGAUAUGAUUUUUUUUUCUUUGGAUGAACACUCAGUCUUUGUAAGUGUAGGUCACCACGGUGGUUCAUUUAUCUUUUGAUAUCGUGAAAAUAUUUCAAUACCUUGAAGUCGGUUGGUUUUGUACGAUCAACCCAUGAUCCAUGAGAUUGAACAUUUGGGAAGAUAAGACACUUUGCAUGCUAUUGCCAUUUUUUUGAAAUCCAGCAUUCCAAGUGAAAUUAUUUGAGAAUGUUUUAUAGGAGCACUUGCAAGCUUUGUACUUAAAAAGGCAAACUUUAGAUGAACCUUACUUAAAAAUCAUCCUAAAGAAAACAUAUAGAAGUCAUUGUGUCAUUGUCUGUCAUAUCUAGAAAUACAUACCAACCGACAUUCAAAGGUUUGAUGAUACAUUUUUUUCGAUAAUACCUUCUCGUAAAUAAGGAGCACUGUGUCACAGACGGAAGAUGAGAUUCUCUGCAGUUACAAUAGCCUUUUUAGGCUCCGAAAUUGCUCGGAGAUGUGUUUUGAUUUCGGAAAACGAAUCGUAUUUCCGGUUCACAUGUUCCACAUCGAACCCCCUACCUACCGUAUACCUUCCCUAUUUACAUCCAAACAUCCAUCCAAUCAAACCAUGAUCAUUAUCGCCAUCCUAGUGUUUCCGUUUUUUUUUCUUCACCCAUUUAGGUUGUGAGAAGAAAGAAAACAUAACAGUAAUUAAUGUGCCUUCUUUGAAAAAAAAAAAAACAAGCGAACACUGAGAGAACAAGCUGUUUGGUUUCGCGGCGGCUGCUAAAGACUUUGUCCAAGGAAGAGACACUGAAGAAAGAAUACGACGAGAGAACACGGAACUGAAUCAUGGGACUCACACAAAUAUGGUGAAACAGGUAGAGAGGUAACGAAUUACUUAUUUUUUUUUAUAUAACUAUGAAUAUGCGAAACAGUAAUACCAGACGGAAAGGAAGAGGCUAAACAAUACGUUGGAAUCGAAAGCGGAAGGAAGCGUCAACGUCGGAUGGGUUGGUCCAUUGUUGAAAGCAGUUGGAAUUAAAGUUAUGUGUGUGUGAGAGUGAAAAAGCGGCGAUGGCAACACUGUUUAGUAUGAGAUAGGUGAUAGAAGAUAUUCAUUAUUAUCGCUUUUUUCCGUUUUUUCGCACUACUUUUUUGUUUUUAUAUGGAGUUUCCCCAUAGGUUCGAACAUUUUUUACUGAAUAUGUUUAACAUUUUCAUGACAUGCUUUAAGUUAGAUUAGUCAUUACAUUUUUCCAGCGUUAUUCCAGGAGUUUUUUUUCGUAGUUACAACGGAAAUUUUCUCUAAGUGCUCCUCAAGAAAUAAUUCUCGAGUUUCUUGGAGUUCCUCCUGGAAUAACUCCCGAAGAUCUUCUAGCAAAUUGCUCAGGAGGAAUUGGAGUUUCUUCCACAGUUCUUUUAAUAAUUCUUAUCGGAUUUUCGUUCAGAUUUUAUUCCGUAGCUCCUCAGGAAAAUCUUUCCAUAGUUCCUCCGGAAAUACACUGAGUGUUCUUAAAAAAAUCUUUAGGAUCUCCUUCCACAUUUUUUCUGGCAAUUCCUUCCAGAGCUCUUACGAGUGUAUUUCCGCGAAGUUUUCCGCGAAUUUCUUCUGGGGUUCCUCAGUAAAUUCCUUGAAGAACGCUUUAUUCGCAGAGUUCACGCUUUUUGAUCACAAUCAUUUGCGUUUACUAUAAGUCUCCAAUGCGCAUAACGAUCUGAGCUGAAAAAAUACACGAAAGCCUUGACAAUUUCUUCAGAAAAUUCUCCGGGAGUUCGGCCAGAGAUUCUUUUUUUUUUAUUCUUCUGGGAAUUAUUUUUGGAAUUAUUCCUGCAGUGUCUUUAGGAAUUCUGGAGUACAUUCGAGAAUUCUUUCCUGAGUGUCACCGAGAAUACUUUUCGUAGUUACUCCGAGAAUUUCUUCAGUAGUUCCUUUAGGAUAUCUUCCGGACAUUUCUGGUAAUAUGUUGUUCCAUAAGUUCUAGAAGAUUCCUUAAGUCAAUUCUGUUAACGUGAGAGUUUAUCUAAAGAUUUCCCAAAAAAAAAAAUUUUGGAGUAAUUUGUUAAAAGAUAUGUAUUUUAGUUAAAAUUCCCGGAACAAAUUUCAAUUUCGAUCCUGUUUCUCAACAGGAUCUUAUAACAACUUAUGGAAAGACCCGGUAGACAUUUUCCAGCGUUAUUCCCAAAGGUCGAAAUUUCUGCAGGAACUUCUGCAAAAUUCUCAGAAAGUACGCAGUAGUCACUAAGAGAAAUACUAAAGAGAUUUUAAAGAAAAACGGUCUAAAAUUGAAUUCCUGGAAAAAAUGUAGGGGAAUUGAAGAAGCUUCAAAGAAGGAUUACAUGAGCAUGAGCAUGAACUUCUGGAAGAAUUACGAGGAAAAAACGCUUUGAGCAAUGAAUUUUGAGAAACCUUUCGCCUGCAACAAAUUUUAGAUUGAAUCAUUAUUGAGUAAACAUUUCUUAAAAUAUGUCUCGAGGAAAAUCUUGGAAAAUUCUCAGAACGUAUGGAAGGAGAAAAAGAAACAGGUUUCGAAGAAAUACGGGAAAUACAAUUUCUUGGAGAAAUGUUGGGGAAUUGGAGAACUUCGUAAGAAGACAUUUUUGACAAUUUGACAAUUUGAAUCUCUGGCCGAACUCCCGGAGAAUUUUCUGAAGAAAUUGUGAAGGCUUUCGUGUAUUUUUUCAGCUCAGAUCGUUAUGCGCAUUGGAGACUUAUAGUAAACGCAAAUGAUUGUGAUCAAAAAGCGUGAACUCUGCGAAUAAAGCGUUCUUCAAGGAAUUUACUGAGGAACCCCAGAAGAAAUUCGCGGAAAAACUUCGCGGAAAUACACUCGUAAGAGCUCUGGAAGGAAUUACCGUAGGAACUCCCGGAGGAAUUUUCGUAUGAAUUUCUGGAGAAGUUCUUGUAACAAAUUUUCGAAGUACCGUAGCAAUUCUUCUGAAAAUAACCACAGAAUUUUCUGGAGAAAUUCCCCAUAGAAACUGCUAGAAGAAUUCUCGUAGGAACUCUUACAAGCACUCUCGAAGUAACUCUUGUUGGGAUCCCCGUAGGAACUCUUCGAGAAUUUCCAGUUUAGAUUUAUUGAGGAACUCCCUUAGAAACUCCUGGAGGAAAUCUCGUAUUAACUCAUCGAGGAAUUUCUGUAGGAUCUUCCGGGGAAAUUAUCCGUAGCUUCUCCGGGAGAAAUUCCAGUAUAGCAUCCGCCAGAUAACUGACAGUCCCUUAACUGGGCUUCCUGGGCUGCUUUUUUACUGAGCGCUCGAUUACUGGGUCAAAAUCAAGUUAAGAAGCUGUUGUCUGUAAAAAAUGACGAAAAUGUGAGGUAUAUUUGUAAAUCGUUAAACAAAACAAAAUAUAACAAUAGCCUCAGACGAUGGGAACGCAGUCCAGUUAUUGAACAGCGUUUGCUAAUUGUACUGUUACCAUAUGCAUAUGCUUUCGAGCGAAAGUUGUAUGCACAUCUAAAUGAAUUCCUAUAGGAGUUCUUGGCUGCAUUUCCGUAGGAACUUCUCCCUAGAGGAUGUUCAAAAUUCUCAUAGUAACAGUUAUGUGUAGGACAGUUAUGCGAUCAUAGGCAGAGUACCUCCCGAAGGAAUCUAAACUUCAUAAAAAAUCACUGCGGAGGAAUUCAUAGAGCAAUACCAGUGAAAAAACAUCUGAAAGAAUCCCUGGGAAGCAACUCCUUAAACAAUUCCACGGAGAAACUUCUAAAAGAAUUGCAAAUGCACCUCCUGUAAUAAUUCCAGCUAAAGAACUCUUAGAUGGGUUCUCGCGAAAAAAAAAAAUCUCAUGCAGGAAACCCAGAAUAAGAACUCCAAGAUGAAUAUCAGAAGAGGAAGAAGAAGACUCGGAAGAAUCGCCGGAGCAACUUUCGGGAGAGUUCCCAGAAAGAAAAACUCGUUGAGGAAUUCCCGUAGGAAUGAUUCUUAGUCAAAUUCCGCAAGAGAAACUUCUGUAUGGAGUCCCUAAGUAGAUCCUGUGAAGAAAUUUCCUGAUAAAAUUCCUGAAGUCAUUUCUAAAAGUGUUCCAGAAGAAACUUCUGUCCAAACUGAUGGACGAGUUUUCGUCUGGUGAAUUUUCAGAAAAAAAUACAGAAGCAAUUUCCUUACCAACUCUUGAGAAAAUUUCCAAAACUCCUUGAAAAAUAUCCGUAUUAGCUCUUAGAGGAAUUUCCAUAGGAACUCUAUGAAGAAUACACGUAGAAAUUAAUGGGAGUAUUCCCGAAGGAACACCUGGAAGCACUUCCAAAGUAACAUUUGUUGGGAUCCCCUUUUGAAACUCCUGGAGGAUUUUCAGUACCAACUCUUAGAUGAAUUCCCUUAAAAACUCCUGGAAGAAGUCUGAACAUAAACAUCUACAGGAAUUCCCGUAGAUACUUUUGGGAAAAUAUCCGCAGCUACUCCGGGAGGAUUUCCAGUAUUCACAUAUGGAGGAAGUCCCAUAAGAAUUCUUGGCGGCAUUCACAUAGGAACUUCAGAACUUCCGCAGAAAGGAAUUUCAGUAGAAACUCCUUUAAGAAUUCGCGUGAAAAUUCCUAGAGGGAUUUCUAAUUCCCCGUAGGAACUCCUAGAGGAAUUUUCAUAGGAACUCAUGGAGGAAAUGUCGUUGGAACUCCUAAAAGAAUUCCUGUAGGAACUCCUGGAGGAAAUCCCGUAUGAACUUCUGGAAUUCCUCUAUUAUUUCCUCGAGGAAAUCUCAUGGAACCUCCACGAAAAAUCUCGCAUUUACUUCCGUAGGAACUUCUAGAGGAAGUCUCGUAGAAACUCCUGGAGGAAUUCCAUUAUUAACUCCUAGAGAAAUUAUUGUAGGAACUUCUGGAGAAAUUGCCGUAGGAACUCUUGGAGGAAUUCCAGAAUUUACCCCUAAAGAAACUUUCAUAAAAACUUCUGGAUCGGAUUUUUCCCGUAGAAACUUCUGGAAUUCCUCUAUUUACCCCGCGAGGAAAUCUCAUAGAAACUCUAGGAAGAAUUGAUGCAUUAACUUCUCUAGGAAUUCUUGUAGGAACUUUUGAAGGAAUUUCCGUAUCUACUUCGAGAGCAUUUCCAGCAUUCACAUCUGAAGGGAUUCCCAUAUUAAAUAUGAACAGCAUCCUGGAGAACUCCUGGAGAAAUUAUAGUAGUAACUUUGAGAAUUCCCGUGGGAACUCCUAGAGGAAUCUUCAAAUCCUUCUAGAAACUCCUGAAGGAGUUUCUGCAGUAAUGACCUUAUUAAGUAGGUACUCAUGAAAUUUCGGUACUUGUUCAUAGAAGCACUUCAGUGUGAACUCCUAGAGAAAUGCCCGUAGAAGCUCCUGGAGCAAUCCUCGCAUUAACUUCUCGAGGUAUUCCCGUAUGAAUUCCUCUAGUAGCUCCCGCAGAAACUCUUAUAGUAAGUUUCAUUUUUCGCCUGGAAGAAUUCCCAUAAGAACUCUUGUAGGAAUUCCAGUAUUUACCUCUGUAGGAACUUCUAUAACAACACUUGGAGGAUCUCACUGAAGAAUUCCCGUAGGAACUUCUGGAAUUAAUUCCUCGAGAAAAUCUCAACGAAACUCAUGAAAAAAUCUCGUAUUAAUUCCUCCAGGAAUUUCAGAUGUAACUUUCGGAGGAAUGUCCAUAACUACUCUUCCGUAGAAACUCUUGGUGUCAUUCCCGUAGGAACUGCUGAUGGAAUUCCAGUACAAACUCGUUUGGAAAUUUCCAUAGGGACUCCUAGAGGAAUUCUCAAGUUCCCGUAGUAACACUCCUGAAAGAAUUCCUGGAGCAAUCCCCGCAUUAACUAGCCGUGGAUUUUCUGUAGUAGCUUCUCGUGUAGAAACUCUUGAACGAAUUGUUAUAGGAACUCUGGAAGGAAUUCUCUUCGAAACUCCUGUGUGAAUUCCCGUAUUAUUUCUUGGAGGAGUUUGCGUAGGAACUUGUGGAGAAACUCCUAGAAGAAUAACUGUAAUUGAUUCUCGAGAUUUUCCCGUACGAACUCCCCUAGUAAUUUCUGUAGACUAUUUAAGGGGUUCAAUAAAAACUCCUGGGGGAAACAUGGAGAAUUCCCGUACGAACUUCUGAAAGUAUUCCUGAAGUAACUCUUGUUAAGAUUCCCGAAGAAUCCUCCGUACAAACUGUUUUAGGAAUUUUAAAGAUAACUCCCGGAAGAACUUGCGAAGCAACUCCUGUAGAAAUUAUAGUAUUUACUCCUGAAGGAACUUCCACAAAAACUUGAGGAAACUGAAGGAAGUCUCGUGGGACCUCACUGAGGAUUUCCCGCGCGUGGGAAUUUCUAAAAUUUCUUUAUUAACUCCUCGAGGAAAUCCAGUAGGACCUUCUUUGGAUAUGUCCGAGGUAUUCCGGAAGAAAUUUCAGCAUUCAUAUCUGAAGAAUUUCCCAACAGAACUCUUGGUGACAUUUCAUUGGAACUCCUGAAGGACUUCCAGUACAAACACGUCUCAUAAUGCCCGUGGUACACCUGAAGGAAUUUCUGGAGCAAUUUCCGUAUUCACUAGCCGUGGAAUUUUAACGUAGUAAACUCUUUGUUGAAUUCUAGGAACUCCUAGAUGCGUCUUCCUAGGAGCUCUUGGAAGAAUUCUCGUAUUAUUUCGUGGAGGAAUUUUAGCAGGAACUUCUAGAUGAAUGCCCGUAGAAGCUUCUGGGUAAAUGCCUGUAGAAGUCAUGGUAGAAGCUCCUGGAGGUAUUCUCAUUAUUAUUUCCGUACGAACGCCUCCAGUAACGCCCGUAGAAACUUUUUAAGGAAUUUCCAUAGGAACUGAAGGAAUUCUCACAAAAACAGCUGGAAGAACUCCCGUAGGAACCCCUGCAAACACUUCCGAAGUAAGUCUCGUCGAUAUCCCUAUAAGAACUCCUGGAGGAGUUCCCGUAGAAGCGCCUGGAAGAAUUCUCGUACUAACUCCUGAAGGAACUUCUGGAGGAAUCUCUGUAGCUACUUCGGGAGAAAUUACAGUAUUCACAUCUAAAGAAAUUCCCAUAAGAACUUUUGACGGCAUUACCGUAGAAACCCCUCGAAGAAGUCCAGUAGUAACUCCUUUGAGAAUUCCCGUAGGAACUUCUAGAAGAAUUUUUGGAGCGAUUGCCAUAUUAAGUACUCGUAACUUUUUCAAGAAUUCCCGUAGAAUGUCUAAUUACUCGAGAAUUUCCUGUAGGAACUCUUAGAGGCAAUUUCAUAGGAACUCGCGUUUCAAGGAAUUCGCGUAUUGUUUUCCGGAAGAAUUUUCAUAGGAACUCUUGGAGGAAAUUUCGCUUUAAUUCCUCGAGGAGUUCCCGUAUUAUCUCUAGUAAUUCCCGUAAAAACUCUUAUGAAUAGCUAUGGGCCUCCUGAAGGAGCGUCCGUGAGAUAUUCCUGUAGGAAUUCCAGCAUUUACUCCUAAAAAACUGCCAUAGAAACUCCUGAAAGAAAUCCCAUAAAAACUCACGGAGGAAGGCUCCUAUUACCUCCUAGAACAAUUCCCAAGUAACAUUUUUUAGUGAAAACGGAUUGAGGUUCGUAGAACCAUCAUAAAACCAAAAUAGAAUGUUUUAGGUUUUAAGACGGUUCUCAAAACCUCUUCAAGACGAAUUGGCCAUCAAAAUGUUAGUUGGGAUUCCAAUAGGAAUUCCUAAAGAAGUGUCCAUUGUAAUUCCUGGAGGAAUUCUCGUAUGAACUUCCGGAAGUAUUUUUCUUACCCCUUGAGAAAUCAAAGAUAAAACUCCUGGAGAAAAAAAAUCUGGAGAGAGAGUCUGCGAUGGGUAGCACGGAGUCAUUAGCUUUUGUGUGAAACGCUCACUCUAUCCUCAUACCUGCCACACGAUAUACACAUGCAAAAUGGUCAUUGACAGAGGAAGCUCUCAAUUAAAAAGUGUAAAAGUGCUCGUAGAAUACUGAACGGAGCUGAGAAGUAGGCUUUGUGUAGAAGUGUAGAAGAAGAAGAUAUGGUCACAUGACAGUCAGCGUGCUUACACACGGAAUUUUGGCAAAUGAGCUUAUUCUCCGAAUGGAGUGACGUGAAAAAAGUCGGAGUUGUAUAGAGGUGAGGAAAUUCGUCCCGAAUGAGGUGGCUUUCCAUUUGAUUUACAAGGCGAGUCAAUUCAUUCGAGUGAGUAGAUAUUUCUAACCUCGAUAUACCACUCCGACUUUUGCAACGUCACUCCAUUCGCAAAAUGAGCACAAAAGUGUAUGACUAUCAUCUUUUUUAAAUAAAUUUUUCAAACAUAUUUUCGUUUCCUAACCGAUUACUAAACAGUGAAUCGCCUAUCGCAUAACAGUAUGCCCGAGUUGUAAUGAAUGAUCGUAUGCUUUGGUAUUUGAGUUUAAAGUAGUUUGAAGAUAUCACACACACAAAAUACCAGCAUGAAACUAAACAAAAGCGAGUAACUAGUAGUACUUAUGCGUGCAAGCAAAAAAAAAACAGAAUGUAGGUGAGAUGGAAACUAUUAUGUAUUAGGAAUGUAAACGAAACAAAACAAAACUGAAUUGGACCUGAAUAAAACGUUAGAAAGAAGGGAGCAGAACUAGGAAACAAACCGAAACAAAACAAAACAAAAAACAAAUGAGAACUGAGAAGUAUUAUUAAUGGGAAAACGAUGAAACACACUAAGAAUAUAGUAGGAGAGGAAACGAAGACGACGACGACGAGCACGAAGGGAGGAGGAGGAGAUGUGAACUUGCGUAACUUUACCCUUAAUCAAUGCCAAUUGUGAUAUUAGUUUUAAUCGACACGUGAUUAUUUUAAAUAAUAGUAAGACACGAUUACAAGAGAGAUAAACGAGAGUCAACAAGCUAUAGGUGAUCAUAUUAAUUUUCUUGAGUGAUGCGAGAGGGGGAUGUGAUGAGAGUGGUGUGUGAGUGAUUGGAAUGGCGAGACAUCAGUUCUCAAAUGCUUCAAUAAUGGAUCUUCCUGCUUUCCGCGUGAUUGGCUUCGAGCGAAAUGGUACCGAGGAAGAACUGACAGCCGUGGUUCUUCAGUGUUCGCUUGAAACGUGUGUUGAUACGAGUGCGCCAUCUAUUGCAAACAUGUCUAUUUUUGGAUACCUUUUUGUAUCGAAUGAACGUCCUUGCCUGUAUAUUUCCCAUGAUUACAUUUUAAACACUCUUUUUGAAUCAACAUUUCCAUCUUAUCGCGUUCGAUGAGGAAACAUGUGAACUUGGAAUACGAGAAGAAGAUGUGCUGCAGAAGUAGGUGUGACGUGACACAUAUUGUUCUUAUGAAGACCAUUUCAUCGAACGUGAUUCAGCUUUCUUUUGAUUGUUGCACGUUCUUUUUAUAUUUUCAGAAAUGGCUUUCAGUGGAAACAAUGUUGUGCUACGGUUGUAGAUAACUGUCCGUCCAACAAUUUGGAGCUCAAUUAGUUUUGAGAAGACUCUGAAGAUCGCCAUAAAACCCUGUUUUUUUUCAAUCUGGUUUUAUAAUGGUAUUAAGAACCUCUUUCGAUCUAUCUGACUUAACAUCUUUUCUUGGAUAUCAAAGUGUGUGGCUCAUGAUUAGAUGACAUUCCUAGUAAAAUUUUUAGUCAAAUAGAAUAAAAGAGGUUCUUAAAACCAUCAUAAAACCAAAAUAAAAGCUAUUAGGUUUUAUGGCGAUUCUAAAAACCUCUACAGAACUAAUUGGCCAUCAAAAUGUUGCUUGGGAUGAGAGUCUGCAGACGGAGAAUGGAUGCCUGGCAUUCAUAAGAAUAUCCUCAUUAAACAUAAAAAGAAUAUGAGUACUUCGAACUGCUUCACAUCGUCAAACUAGUUCUAAUAAAAGAACAAUUAAACCAGUCAUGUAUCCAACAAAAAACAGGGACGAAGGAGGUGUGUCCAAUAGAGGGAUCACGUUUUAUUUGUAGAAGGAAACAGAAGCUCAAUUCGAUACGUGAGGAGGGAAACUACAUUCGUUUCCCUUUUUACUCGUGCUAUAGUUAGAUACUUCAUGGCGUAUCUAAUUGGGCUAGUCUAGUGAGAGUAAUAAACCAUGAAAAAAGCACUUAAUCAAAACGUUUAAUCUGCAUGGGACUUGAAAAAAAAACUAAAAUUAUCCAAACGAGAUCGAGUAGGUAUCGCUAGAGCCAAUAAAAACAACUGAUUGCAUCUCUCGCGUGAAAUGUGACGACCAAAUUAUGGCAGCCGGUCAACUUUUCCACGAAAUCAUAGCACAUCUACGAUCUACGAUGAGUCACAUUUUUACAGUUGCCGAGAAGGCAGAAGAAACAUGGAGCACCGUUGAAAAUUCAUCCAUUAUUGGGAUGUGGGUUUCACACCAUGUCUUACAAACAAUACACACGAGUAUGUUGGGAGAACAGAAAAAUAACCCAAGCAGUAGAAAGAAAGUUCAUAAGAGCUAGGAUCCAGAGAGUAAACCUAAUGUAUCAUCAUUAAUAUCACCCUACAACAGCAGCAGUAGCAGCAGAAGUUGUUUUGUUUUUGGUUUAUAGGACUACAACACACAACGGAUAACGCGAAACUUAAAGAAACGAUGCUAGAGAAGAAAGCGAAGCGUUUGCCAUGCGGUUGCACAAAUUUAUAUGGAUACGGGCGAGAAAAGCAACUUCAAAAUUAUCACAAAUAUUUCCCUAAACCUUAUUUGAACCGUACUUGAUUGAUAAAUCUAUACUGUAAUUCUGUUUGUAGUUGUUUCUCGGGAGACUUUGGCUGUCAGUCAAAGAAAUGCGUUGAUUUUCUUAUCUCAUUGCCAACGUUUCGAUCUAGACGUUGGAAUCUUUUUCAGGGCCUGCGGUUCAUUUGUUCAAUUGGGAUUGAGUUUACAAAUUACUAUACUUACUCGAAAUUAACCGAAAGAUUCCGAGAAAGAUGCCAAUUUCCCAGUCGAAGCUCUACAGAUACUAUCACCGUGCAGUUGAUUAUCGAGAGUUCGUCACAUUGUCCCAGUCUCCGGCGAGAUCCGAAUAAACUGAAUACACGAUUGAUUGAUGUCGAUGAACAAAUGGUGCGUUGGGAUCGGGUGUUCACGGAAUUUCUGGAGGAUUAGUCGUACGAUGUAGAUCUAGUCCGUUGUCGACCAGCCGUUGAUGAGGCUGGCUUGAUAAUUUCCCACAAACUCAUUCGUUCUAGGGUAGCACUUUGUUGAUGGCAUUCAAAAUGGCGAUCUGAUCACCACUCCUUAUCACCACGACGCCCAGUGUACCGUAGUUGACAAUGCCAGGUAGUCCGCCUCAUACGUUAAAGAGAGAUACAGUGGACUGUCGUUUACAGCACCAGGAUACUACUGCUGCUUGUAGCAGGUAUAUGUACCCAUUCGUUGACCUUCUCUUAUAUACAUUGGACGCUCAGCUCGCAUCGGAAUAACCAACGAGCUUCGAAUCGCCGGCCGCAGUCUUACCGUCUUUGUCCCUUUGUGGUCGUAAAGGAUGUAGGCAUCCACCGGCCUCCUGAUACGGAUAUUUCAUCGUCCGCCUUCUCUUCCGCAGUUUUCUGGGACAUUUUCCUUGAUAGAUUUUCGGUGGUAUUCAAUGGAGUUUGCACAUCCUUCACAUCUUGCGUGUUGAACUGCCGCAGCAUGGAAUCGAAGUACGGUUUCCUGAUCCAACGACUCUGAGCCUUUCGUACGGGUGUAGUAACUAAUGCCCAAACAGCUCACCGCAGAUCCCAAAUUCUUCAUCUGGAAUGUACUGCAGAGCUUGGUCUUCAAGUUGCUCUUCAGGACUGCAUCGUUGGAGAAAAUCAGCACGUCGUUGACGUAUACUGCCAUGAACAAGACUUUUCUGCCCUCGAUCCAGUGUAAUACAGACAUAUGUCGUAUUCGGAUUAAGCUUCACAAAACAUAUUUCCUUUUCGAGAUCGCCUUCGAAGAACGCGGUAAUGGUAUUUGGCUCCCAUGGCGGACAAAUACCGCAGUGAACUGUGAAGAACGAAGACUUCGUUCCCGUCCAGGCUGCUUCGGUGAUAACGACGUGAGCCUGAGUUAAACAUUAAUUCAGCAAAAACACAGCCUUCGAUACAGCUUUCGCCUAGAAGGCUUUCGACAGUCCUGCUUUGAUCAACAUGCACCAAGUGCGAUCCAAAAUCGAUUAGUUCGCACGCUCUGUCAUUCCAUUCCAUUCCAGGUACGCUUCGAAACCACGUGUCUCGUUAUCGAUUCUCAACACCAUGAGCUCCCUGCCGGAUUGCAGCUCCGCAAUCACGGGGAAUUCCUUGGACACCUUCAAGACGUCCGACUCAGACUUCGACUUUCGGAAAUACAUCCAAAGAAACUCACCUCCAUUGGUCCGCAUUGGUCGAAAUGAACGAUGUCUAAUUUCUCGGCAGCACGGGAGCCUUAUACUUGCUGAACAGGUUCCGACAUUGCCCUUGGGACAAAUUUUACAGUUCACUUGACCUGAUCAGAUCGUCGCAUGAUCUUGACGUUCAAAUGGCGCAUCUUCAAUGUUAAUCCAACACCUUCAGGCUCUUGGACGACGCACAAGCUUGCGCGCUCUUCGAGUCCUGUUGAUGCUGUUCAAGUUAGAAGAGAUUGUUAUCUUCGAUACCUGUCGCAAUCACGUUGCCGUCCAUAUGGGCCACUCUGCAUCUGGACUCCGGCAACAGGCUUUGUGCAAAAGUCAAGAGCACCAGCGCCUUGAUUCGCUAGGAAGGGUCAUGGAGCCCCAGUGUCCUAAUCAGCUCUUAAACCGCUUUCUCUGCUUUUCGUUCGUUUGACAAUAAUUCCCGUAUUCAGCCUUCUACGCUGAGUUCUUAGUAUUUGCCGCUUCCCUAUAACGGGUCGUAUUGGCACCGAUUCUCGACCUAUGAAUGAGCCAAGUAUGUCAAACUCUCAGCCGUAUCAGCUUCCCGGUUGUAGUUCCAGGUAGCAUUCCACGCAUACCUCGGGGUCUGUCUGAUCCAGCGGAUUGCGUCACAGAGAGAAACAGAAGUUACCUCCAGUUGAGAAUGACGCCUCCUGAUUUUGCUUGAACGUUGGCAGUCUCAUUGCCUGGGAUGCCAGGCACCCAGACUAAGGUUAUUUUCGAGGUCUCUAACCUUCCCAUUAUGAUCUAGACCGAACAGGCAACUCACGGAGUCCGAGAAUACCACAUCCCGAGAUCCUUUUGCAUGUCCAGACGCCUGCAGUAAUACGUAGACCUCUGCUGAGAAGAUAACAUAGAGACCGGGUAACCGGCUCCAGCAGCUCCAUCACCUACUUCCUCUUGUGCUAAUGAGCCCUUGGUGAAGAUGUUUGGCCUAUACAGAGUUCCUUCAGGACUUACACCAGCCCGACAUGCGUCACUCACUCGCCCGUCAAUCUCAGGAACGUUCGCAUCCCAAGCCUUUUGCCAUUGGCGAGGACUAGUGGCUAACAGUAAGAAGUUCGUCGACGUAAGAUCGUUCCACUGACUCGAAGCACGCUGGACUACUGGCAUCACACCAGGUAGAUGGUACCUUUCCAGGGCCCGCACAGCUAGCUGUACUAGCUAGGUCCUCCACUACCAGAUGUACCAGUCAAUGGUAGCCCACUCCACCAGCAGUGAAUCCACGGAUAAAGUCUUGAAAGCGCCUGAGCAGAUUCUAAACACCUCGUGUAUUGAGGUUCUAAAAUUGAACAUGCGCCCUUAGAUGUCCCAUAUGUUGAGGGUUGUCAGGAUAAAAGUAGUCCCCCAUGUCAAGUCGUAGGCCAUUCGAUAGAUCUAAUGAUACUUCAUCUCCGUACAGGUCUUCACUCGACGGUUUCUCCAAAAGACGGUCAAAAGCGGAAAAGAGCGUUUCCGCGCUAUGGCCGCGUCGGAAUGCGCGACGAUUAACCAUCCGCUCGAGUGUUUUCCUCAUGCAACUUAAAGAGGUUAUUGGCCUAUACCUCUCCGUCCGUCCUAUCCUCUUUGGGGGAUAGGAAUAACUAAUCCUCCUUUCCACUCAUCAGAUGCAGCUCCAGUUUGCCAUACCUGGCUCAUGGUAUCAAGAAGGGCCAACCGGCCGAUAAGGGGGGAGUUUCCUAAGGAUAGGAUACCCGGUAUCGUCAGGACCUUAUUGCUAGCCUAAGAUGGCUUUCGUUAUAGAACUCCGCUUCCGCCAAUAAUUUGGCAUGCAGGAAAGACUCGCUGAAAUUGCUGUUGACCGACACCUCGGCAAAUGAUCAGCAAAGGCCUCAGUGACCAUACCCGCAUAAUUCUCGGUUACUUUUUCAAAACGACGUAUAAUACACGCAAAUCCUAUGUUGAUACGUCGUUUUGAAAAAGUAUCCGAGAAUUGAUGAAACUGUUAUCUACUCUUAUAACCUUUUCCGCAUGUCUAUUCUUACCACUGACAGCUUUGAGCUUCCUCCAUAGUUCAGCCGAGCUAGUCUUCUUAGUUAUCUUCGCUGUAAAAUAAGCCCAUGUACCCUCUUUGGCAACCCAGAUGGCCUUCCUGGCCCUGGUACGCGCAAGUUGAAAUUCUUAGUAGGUCUCGUGGGGUCAUCGGGUGCCAGUCUACGAAGGGCUCUUAGGUCUUGCACCUAAGUUUCAAGGCGUCCACAAACCUUUCCGCCUGGCUAUUGGACUGCGGGUGGUAUGGCGUGAUUCGGCAAUACAGAACGCCGUUCUUCCUGAACAUAGUCGUAAAUUGCUUCGACGCGAGUUGGGUGGCGCUGUCUGAAAGGAUUCCUCACGAUGCGGAUUUCCGGUCACUUGAAGAAAGCGUUACAACUACCAAAAAGCGUUAAGCGGUCUCGCAAAUCCAAAGUAGAUUCGUGAUGGUUGAAGCAAGACCUUGGGUAGCGUCUUGGAAUAGAUAAAGCGGCUGUCACGCCUCUUGACGUAACUAUCAAUGUCCUCGUCGAUCCUCGAUCAGUACACGUGACUUUGUGCAACUGCCUUCAUACGCUCUAUUUCCGGACGAUCCCUGUGUAGUUACUUAAGAUUUCGUUGGUAAAGUGCAUCUUGGUGAUAGAAGAACGAACGUACUGCUGUGCUGGUGAUGAUGUUGACGCUGGACCACUUGCUUGAGAAACGGGCACGGAGAUCCAGGUAGCGUCUUCACGAUUGCUUCCACUUUAGAUGGAGUUCUCCGGUAUGUGGGUGAUUGGUUUGAUCUGCAGCUGAAGAAGGUUACACUUCUCCUCACGCGGAACAAACUUGAAUUUGUUGAAAUAGAGCGGUGAGGUACUUGUGGUGCUUUUCUUGAGUUUUGCUGAAGACCAGAACGUCGUCCAGGAAUGUGUCAAUUCCUUCACGAUCGGCAAUCAUCCUGUUCGCUAGCUGCUGGAAGGCUUCCGGAGCAGAUUUCAUUCCUGGUGCGAAUCGAAUGAAGCUAAAGAGACCUCAAUACGUAAUGAUUGUGAGGAGUUGCUUCGAGGUGCACGCUAUGUCGGAACCAUCAGAUUAUAAAAAUUGAAUGUACAUCGGGUUUCUUUCCACCAAACAUCAGUAUUCAAGCUAUAUUUUCAUUUGCAGAAGGUUUUAAAAUAUUCUAUCGGUGAAAAUUUUUCCAUACAUUUUGUAUGGGAGAGAAAUUGGCCGAAAAUAAGAAUUUCAUGCAAAUUUGUAUGAAAAACAGCUAAAACACUGAAAAAAUCAAAAUUUCCCCGAUGAAAUAUUUUAAAAGUUUCUGCAUAUGAUAAUAUGGCAUGAAUUCUGAUAUUCUGUGCAAAGAAACCUGAUGUACAUUCAAUUUUUAUAAUCUGCUAGUUCAGACAUAGCGUGAGGUGUCGUCCACUUUCAUUUGAAGUUAGGCAUCACUGAAAUCAAUGAUGCUAAAAUUCCGGCAAUUGUCGCAAAUUUAUUUAUAUUCUUGCAGUGUCCGAGGUCAAGCUUGAAUACUUUAAAAACGACAGCAAGGUAAUCAUAAGGGAGGUAAUCUGUCACACUGUACAAUCCGCCAAUGACAACUGGCAAGUUGGUGUCUGUUGGUGUCGAUCUACUUAGUAUUUUUCACUAGUGUGUUAGCGCUCUAUAGUGUAAACAAACGUACCAGCUAACUCUUCCACUUCCCUCGCCAUGUACGUCUCCCUGCAUCCUCUGACUGCGUAGAUCCUGCUAUCUUCCUUCAACACACCUUGAACUGCCGGAAGCCUUAAGAUCCGUCAAGGUUCACUGUCAGGAACUGUGGAUUCGAGCAGCCAUCUUCCUGGUUGAUAUUUUCAGCCUUAAAUAAGUAGCAACUACAGCACCCCUCUUUGUGACUUUGAUUGAUUUGUCUUUAUUCAAGAGACUUUCUUUGUGACUCUUUUGCUUAUAGUUCUUCGUAUAGUUGCAGCCACGGACAAAAUGCGUUGUAGUAUUAAUACAUUCAUGCCGCAUUAUAAUUCACUCAAAUUCACUGCUUACCAAGCUUGCAGGAAUUAUCAUUCGUUGCAAUCGCAAGUAAGCAUAGUUUGAUCUUUCUAAGUUGACGACCGACCAACAGCGUUCUCCAUGGGUCUAGACUCAACCAGCAAAUAAAAGAUAUUCAUUAGUAUUUCAACCUUACAACAGGCUACACUCUUCAAUAAGUAACAUAUCACAUGGCGACCGUAACAGGACACUGAUUAACACCUAAACGGCCAUCGUCAUUUUUUGACGUCGAAUUUUCGAACUGAAUUUUAACCAAUCUUGAUGAAAUUUUGGGACAAUAUUCAGUUUUUAUCGUAGUUCUGAUCAAAUGAGACACGAAAACUGAAAUCCAGUUGGUUGCGGAAUUAUUCCGGAUUCCCUUGGGAUAUCAGAGUUAUGACAUUUGGUGUAAUAAUAUCAAAACUUUUAUUUUCUUUUGGAAAUUAUGUUAAAACAUUAUGAAUAAUGGAAUCCUGGAAAAUAGUAUUUUUUCUGAAUAUCUGGAGUUCAUCCGGAUGUUCCUAGGUCCUUUGGAAUAUUCCCGUGUGAACCUGUUGUAGGAGACAUUUGCAUAUUUACUCAAAAACAUGCCGUGCGACAGCUCUUUCUUCAUGAUUUACCGUAAACAGAAUUAUUAUGGCUAUAAAAGGGGAGUUUAGCUAUUUUAGUCGCUUCCGGAACAUCCGGGUAUGCCCUGAAGUAACCUAUAGUAAAGGACAUUUGUCUUUUUACUACAAAACAUAUCGUGUGGCAGCUCUUUCUUUAUGAUUUAACAUGAAUAGGAUUCCAUAACCAUAAAACAAGUCAUUGGCCUUUUUGGUCACAUCCGGAACCUCCGGGGUGCCCUGGUGGAACCUGUAGUAGGGGACAUUUGCAUAUUUACUCCAGAACAUACCGUGCGAUAGGUCUUUCUUCAGGAUUUUACUUGAAUAGGAUUCCUAUAACCAUGAAAAGGGUCAUUGACCGUUUUGGCCCUAUCCGGCGGAACCUCCGGGGUGCCAUGGAAUAACCCGUAGUAGGGGACAUUUGCAUAUUUACAUCACAACAUGCCGUGCGGCAGCUCUUUCUCUAGGAUCUUACGUGAAUAGGAUUCCUAUGUUCAACCAUAAAAAGGGUCAUUGAUCAUUUUGGCCACUUCCGGAACCUCCAGGGUGCCUUUGUGGAACCUGUAAGUAACAUGUGCCAGCAGGACGUUUCUUGCUGUCCUCGAAUUCGGAGUUGGUCGGUGGGAUUUUGUGAUGCUUGAUUGUACUCACCGAUUUCUUCAAAGUUUCACCAACGCAUUGUCGUAUUUGAGGUUUUAAAGACGUUGGCAUUCCGCAAUGGGUAUUUCAAGAGUGAAUUCACCUUUCGCAUUGGUCUCGACUUUGUAAAUACGGAUGUCGUGUGGAUGUUGACGCCAGACUCUAGAACUGAUCCGCGUGAAUUUGUUGAGGUCGAAAUCUUCCGUUCCAGCGUCGUUUUUGGCCGUACAAGCAUGCUGAGACGGUGUCCGGCCGUUUGGCCGAAUGUCGUUUGGCUGAACGUCAUUUGACCGAAUGCCAUCUAGCCGAAUGGUCGUUUGGCCGAAUCAUGAUCGAAGGAACUUUUUGACAUUCUAACUACCAAUAUGAUCAUAAGAAGUAGUUCCUUCUUUUAAUCAUAGGCUAUUCAUUCUAGUUUUAACAUUGAUGGAUUAGUUGUCAUUGAAACAGCCAAUGUUUUAUCAAAGAUUAUUCCUUCUUUGAAUCAUAUGCUGUUCUUUCGAGUUAUACUGAUGCGGAGAACAGUGGCAUGAUCACUUAAGUUCAUCAUUCAUUUUUCGGCAUUCGGCCAAAUGGCCCUUUCGGCCAAAUGGCCCUUUCGGCCAAAUGGCGUUCGGUCAAACGGCAUUCGGCCAAAUGACCCGGAACCCUUGCGGUACCAACGAUCGAAAACGAGCUCCAGGAUGUUAGAAUCCAGAAAUUUUAUGAUGAAUUUUGGACUAUCCGUUAGCCGAAAGGAACCGCUUUCUUGAAUGCCGAAACGUUCAAUCAUCUGCACUAUCCAAGCUUUUUGUUCCGCCAUCUGCUGAUCCCGAUUCUAGUACAGAAUUUGCCAAAUGUUGUUUUUUCUCUAUUCUCUAGAGGAAAUUUCCUCUGAGCAUUUUUUGCCGAAUUCCGUAACCUUUUUAAAACAAUUUAGAAAGUUGAAACCUGAAAAUCAAAAUGAAUGUUUACAUCAAUCCGUUAGACUAUUGUUCGUGCAUCCGUCGCCAAUCGCUGAGCUAGUAGCCCUUUUCGGAAAAACAAAACUUUAGUUUAAGACAAAAUUUUAUUUCAAAUACAACAGAAAAAAACACAUAACCGAUAAAUAUAUUCUACUGAUGUACGUAUAACACACACACUAUAUUCAUGUUACUUAUAUUUUGGCUGUUUUCGUUUCAUUUUUUAAUAAGUCAUUUAAAUCUAUUCAAAUUUCCGUUUAGUUGGUAGAGCAAAAAAUAAGAAUAAUUCAAAAUUUUAAGUAGAACUUCUGAGUAGUAGACCUUUGGCGCAGUACUUCAUCAACACAAAUACUACAACAAUAAUGAGUUAGUGUACUUUCGGCAAGGCACGUUUCACACGUUAAACAUAAAAACCCCACCCUCCAUUUGACCAGUCCUGCCCCGCCCCGCCUAUUCGAAAGCAAACAUCCAGUGAGAGUGUAGCGCAACCAUCAAACCACGGAUCACAGUUUGAUAGGCAGUUUUGUUUUUGUUCUUUUUCUCUUGAAUGUGUUUAAGUGUCUUCAUUUAAUACUUCUGUGAUACAAGAUAGUACACUUGUGAUACGAUUAUAAUAUUUUUUUUAAUUAACGCUGCAACAAUUUUAACAAUGCUUCUUAGUGGCAUUUUUGGUUUUGUUAUGGUUUUAAAGCUGUUUUAAGGGCGCAUUUUUCGAUCAAUAAAACCGUAACAUAACCUCCAAUGUCACUAGAUAAUGAAGGCGCCUUUCUCUGCGUGAGUCAACAAGCACGCUGACUUGUUCCCUAUCGUUUUUCGUUGGUCAAUCACCACUUAAGUUUUUUUUUGUCUUUUUAUCCACAUACUAGUUAGCUAAAUAACAAAUAAAAGUAUCGAUUUAUCUUUAAUUCAAAGCGCCGUGUAGGUGUGUCCCACCGCGGACACUAGAGACAAGAAGAGGAGGCAAUGAACUUACCACUAUUUAGAAGUAUGUACUUUGAAUUUCUUUUUAACGAUGAUAGUAAGAUUCCAUGUACAUUAAACUCGAUGGUUCUCCACAAAGUACUAAAAAACAAAAACUAGAAUAGAAGCGGCAAACUGCAGAAUCUAGGAUAGAACGUGCCCUUUUCUUACGGUUGGGCAACGCAACGGGCUCAUGUACUUGCUCUCGAAAUCUAUCGUCAAACUUACUUUCCCCAACCCGGACCCCAAUUAUUGAUCGGCCAAGAAUCUGUAAAGCCUAUACGGGGAAGAAAAGGGCAUCCAGCAUGCGCGUAGAGCGAUACAUCCUCGACACGAAGUGCAACUUCAAGAGGUGCUUGUUUUGACUUGAUCACCAAACUCUGCAACAAACGCAACUUACCACAAAACCCACAAACAUUUGCUUAUACAAGGUUACGUACUUCAUCAUUUAGUAGGGAAGUGGAGAGAUGAUAACAAAUUUUAGUUCAACUACGUUCAAAUAUACACCAAAAUAAGCUGAUUAGGAGCAUCGAUCCGGUGGAAUUAAUUUAAACAAAACACACUUACAAUUGCAAACGCAAAUACACACACACACAUACACACACCCAAGUACAUCUGUUAGUAUAUUAGAGCUCACUAAUGAAAAACAAAAUCCGAAUAUUGAAAAACAACCCUCCUACACACCGGAAGGAAAUGUUCUCUCUCGGACUCUAGGUUUCAUUUUUAGUUACUGUUAUAAUUUAUAAUUUAGUACGAUAUAAUAUAUGUUGGAAUUCAACAGUUAAUGUACCUACCAUAAAAGAAACAAAAAACAAAAAGAACCCCGAAACAGGCAACACACACACAUACCCACAGGCAUACGGAACGGACACUCUUUUAUUCGGAUUCAAACUUACUACCCAACUUAACCGCUAGGUUUAUACAAAACAGGAAAAGAACAUUACAAACAACUUCGGAUUUCCCGUACAUUUUCCGUUCUACAAUAACAAAACCCUCUCUUCACGCGUCGUCCUUCAAACCACCCCCGCCCCUUCCUGAAAGAAAGCGAUGAUUAUUUUUUUUCCUGUAAAUAAACAAUAGUAGUGUUGAUUAAACGUA